UGAUAACCAGAGUGUUAUCUACGUUAAAUAUUAACCCACAUGACUACGUUAUAAAAUUGCCAUAUGUUCACUUAGUGAUAGAGUUCCGAAUAUGACGCUCGCUACCGUUUGCCUUCUCCUCUUGGGGAUUUGGGGUCAUUCGGUCGAAAGCGCAUUUGCAAAUGGUAGGGUGGUCGGAGGCUCCACCGCGCCCGAUAGGGCCUACCCUUAUCAAAUCUCGAUACGGCUGCAGGAUUGGGGACACAUUUGUGGGGGGUCGAUUAUUAACGACGGACAUGUGCUGACAGCUGCUCAUUGUGUUUCGGGUGAGAAUGUCAAGGAUAUGACCGUAGUUGCCGGGACUAACAGGUUGAUUGACAGCCAGCAGACCAACUACACCGUUCGUGAGGCCAUCAUCCACGAAGACUUUCAACUCUUCCUGAUGAAUGACGACAUAGCCAUACUGAAACUGAACGAAAAGAUCAUAUUCAAUGACAGAAUUCAACCUGUAGGACUAACCGAAGUGUAUCCACCACCGGGUACUAACUGCACGCUGACGGGCUGGGGCUCUACAGUGUAUCCGUGGACUGAAUUUCCCGAUCAAUUACAACACAUUCGCUUGAAAACCAUUUCUCUCGAAGAAUGCAAGCGAAAGUUGCCACUAAACGCUUUGCCGGUUGGACAGGAGCAAAUCUGCACGCUUACCAAAACUGGAGAGGGUGCUUGCGGAGGUGACUCCGGAGGACCACUUGUGGACAACGCUAGCGGUGGACAAAUCGGGGUAAUUUCGUGGGGGUAUUCGUGCGCUUUAGGGUGGCCGGAUAUUUACACGAACGUUUAUGCGUAUCGAGGCUGGAUAGGUGAACGUAGCGGUGGAGAAGCGGUCGAGUCAACAACCAGAAACGCACCAUUUUGAUAAUCUUCGUCUUAAAGAAGUUCAUAAAUGAUUUAACUUUUUAUUCAACUUAGCUCUUGCCGUCAUUAAAAUCGCGCAGACAAGA